GCAUAUUUCGUGCAAUCAUCCGGGUGUUACAACAAAGCGAAGUUAUCCAGCCGACGGGAUUCCGUGCUAUUAACAGAAGUGUGCGGUAAUUGAUAUUCAUGUCACGUACCUAUGUAACGUUAUGACUCAUCCGCUCGGCGCGACCGAAACCAGUCUCGUUCAAUAUACAUAACACGACACAAUACCAUUUGACAAUGCCCACAUGACGUCUCGCCUUGUGAUUGCCUGUGCUAAAUCUGACCGAAGGGGAUCUCGGUAGGUUUCGGUUGCUGACGAAAGCAUUUUGGUAGAUAAACAAGUUCAGACAAUGAAUAUAUAAGUUCCUCUCGUCGACGGAGGUAGCUACCAGACGCAAGUGCGGCACCGACAGCUGGGUUCUUGCUGUGUGGACGUCACGAACUUCUGGGCACACCUGUAAUACCUGCGUACACCUGCGACACCUGGGUAUAGCUGCAACACCUGGGUUCACCUGUAAAACCUGGGUACAGCUACAACAGCUGGGUACUCCUACAACUGUCGGGUUCAUCUGUAACAACUGGGCACACCUGUAAUACCUGCAUGCACCUGCGACACUUGGGUACAGCUGCAACACCUGGGUAUAGCUGCAACAGUUGGGUACACCUGCGACAACUGUGUACACCUGCAAACAGGUACGUUCAUGAACGCGAUGGAACAUUGGACUUCUUAGAAGACGAUGGAUCCUACAGAAAAUCCUAAAAAUGGCUCCUAUUCGUCGGAUGUGUCCGAAAAGGCUACGACACCCAGACCACCAGGGGCUCGCCCAAAGAGUAGAGUGACGCCAAGGAAUGAAGCAUCAAGAGAUGGAGGGCCUGAAAAAGAAAGGCAAGCAGUAACCGAUGGACGCAAGAUCAAAACUGCUGAUGACAAGAAAAUUCCAAGACGUCCCGACAGUAGACAAGGAGAGUAUUCAAGACGACAUGACAAUAGUCAGAAAGAGAAUUCAAGUCGAUCUGACAGUAGGCAGAAAGAACAUUCGAGACGACCUGGCAAAAUGCACGGAGACAAUUCAAGGCGGCCAAACAAUAGGCACGGAGAACAACAUCCCAAACGACCCGACAGUAGGCACAGAGAACAUCCCAGACGGCCUGAAAGUAGGCAGAGAGAACACCCCAGACGGCCUGACAGUAGGCACAGUGAAACGUCAAAGCGUCCUGACAACACGUACAGACAUCAACCUGGAAAGCGCGAUGAUAGGCGCAAAGACGAUCCAAGACGUUCUGAGAGUGGAUUCAAAGAACAUCCAAGACAACCUGGCAACAAUCACAAAGGACCGUCGAGACAACCUGACGGAACGUACAAAGAACACCCAAACCAUCACAUGAAUGAUAAAUCACAAUCCUACCAAAGGCGUCAAGAAAAGAAUGCCUCAAAGAAGAGUCAGGCCUCGAAAAACCAAUCGAAUGGACAACGGCAAGACGGGUGGAAACGCAACUUUGGCGAUCGCUCUGCACACCCACGUGGCGUCAACUGGCAGAUCACAGUACAUCACUUAGCGAGAAUGCAGCAAGAGGAACCAGAAACCAUCGUGAUGGAGCUUCUUCGGAAUUUGAACUCCUUCGAGUGCUUACUGAAAAGUGUCCAACCACAUUCCAAGGAGCUAAAACCCCUGAUGGCAGUUCUAGCUAAGGCUUGUAACUGUUCAAUGUCGAGCAAUCUGACUCGGAUGCUAGCCUCUGUUGUAGAUACCCCCCUUAUGAACUCUGCUUUGGCUGGCUUCAUCUACAAGAUGCCCGCAGAGAAGUCAGAACAUGUGAGAGAAGGGUUCCCAGCGGUACUGCUCAGCGUUCUCACGGUUCUCCUGAAAAUCAUGGAGCGGCUACCAAGUCACUACGACAGCGUGCUCGGUCCUCUGGGAGCAGUAGAGGUAACCUACAGCCAGCUGAGAGACAAUGGUAUCCUAAAUGAUAAGUGCGAAGACAUCACGGCCAAGUUGAAUGUACUGAAAGAACGAAGAGACGGCAUCAUGGAACGAGAGCGCACAGGAGCACGCGUGAAACAGACCGCAUCAAAACCAGCUGCAGACGGCAGCGGCACCGACGAUGACGACAUAUCCGGUGACGAAGCACCUGACGAUUUUCGGGAGUACCCUGAAUUCCCUACGCCAGAAGAAGUCCGUGCAGAUACCCAACCCUUUCUUCGACCCAAUCUUGUGAUAGGUCCAUACAGAGACCUGGGGCACUAUCUUGACGUGCAGUAUCGACUGUACAGGGAAGACUUUGUGGCACCCUUGCGAGAGGGCAUCCAGGAGUACGUCGCUAGCCUCCAACAACGCGACGGCCGACGCAGGAGAUUCCAAGACAUUCGCGUCUACAACGGCGUUUCCAUCGUUCAGCCAAACUGCACAAACCAAGGCCUGACACACACCCUACAUUUUGACAACUCCUCCCUACAACGAGUCAACUGGGAGUUUUCCAAAAGGUUGAUUUUUGGAUCCCUUGUGUGCCUGUCGGUAGACGGUUUUGAAACUCUGAUUUUCGCCACCGUUGCAAACAGAGAUCCCAAGGCGCUACGUCAUGGAAACAUCGAUGUCCGUUUUGAGGGAGGUGUCGCCGCAGUGGCAAGGCUAGAACCCAACUAUGUGUACGUAAUGGUAGAAACAUCUGCAUUCUUUGAGUCAUACCGACACGUUCUCAAGAUGAUCCAGGGGAUAGAAGAAGGUGAUCUACCCUUUGAGCAGCACAUCGUGCGUUGUGACCUGGCCAUUGGGCCGCCCCGCUAUCUUGUAAGGCCUGCUGAUGAUACGCCAGUCCGGUUUGACUUGACACCACUACUGAACAUCCCAGAGCUGAAUAAGCUAAGGAACAAACGAGAGAAGACCUUAGCAGAUCGCCUUCGAAGGCUGCGCAUAGGCAAUGUCUUCCGACGGAAUCACGGUGGCGGCGGAGAGGAGGUCGAAGACGAUUCCAAUGACCUAGAACGACUUUCAACCGAGUAUCCUCAAAUAGAUCGAGCCAGAUCAGUGCCAAUCCUUGACACCGAUGCCUGGCCAUCUGGCGAAGAUCUCCAUCUAGAUGAGUCACAACUUGGCGCCGUACAAACAGCCCUGACUCGGCAAUUCUCAGUCAUCCAAGGCCCACCUGGAGCGGGGAAGACCUACAUCGGACUCAAGAUCGUCAAAGCCCUGCUCCACAACAGAGAUGUAUGGAAAACCCGAGGUGCCCCUCAUCCAUUGUUAGUGGUCUGCUACACCAACCACGCACUGGACCAGUUCUUAGAGGGGAUACACGAGUUCCUGAAGACGGGAAUCGUACGAGCGGGAUCAAGGAGCGACUGUGAAGAUUUGAAGAAGUUUACGCUGAAAGAAAUCAAGUACAUGAAUCGAAAGAGUCAGUCUGUGCCUCUCAAUAUACAUAAGAAUGUUGGUCGUAUCAAACACGAAAUGGAAGAGAUCACUAAAGAAAUCGAUGGUGUGCGGAAGGAAAUAAGAGACGUUGGAUCAGAGAACAAGAUACUACAAGCGCGUACACUUGAAAACUUCAUGAAUCGCCGUCACGUCUCAAUCAUACAGCAAGACGUUCAUACAUUGGGCCUGCCUGACAAGUGCUCCUUCUUCCACGCCUGGCUUGAAGUGAUCAAAAGCCCGUCAGCCAAGGAAGAACCGUCCUCGGAGACGAAACCUGUUGCUAUGGGAAAUGCGGCGACAUCCGGUCAUGGCAUGGCACGGACAGAAGCGUUGGGUCAAAAUCCAGAGCUUUCUGACGAAGAGGGGUUUGCGUCUGAUGAUCAGGAUGAAGGUGUCCGCUAUACGGGAUAUUACAGUGUAUUAAGCACCAGUGAGGAGAUGGCUACAGCAAAACCACAGGACCUGCCAACAAACAAGCGCGGACAGAGUCCUACAGGUAACACCUUGGUGGCUAGCAAUGAAGAUUCCAGCCAACAUCAAGACCAGGCCAAGCACACUCCAGAAGACCUCGAAGAUACAGCUGUUAAAAUCAUAGCUGACCAAACGAUUGACGCCACUGAGAAGGAAGCUACUGAUGCUACCGGGUAUGACGCUACUGAGGUUGCAACCACUGGAAACGACACCGAUCACACCACUAGAGUAUAUUCCGCUGAUGUCACUGGAGAUGGUGACGCCAUUGGAGAUGGUGACGUCACUCCAGAUGGGGACGCCACAGGAGAUGGUGACGUCACUGGACAUGGUGACGCCACUGGAGAUGGUGACGUCACUCCAUAUGGGGACGCCACUGGAAACGACCCCAAUAACGCCAUUGAAGAUGGCGACGUACUCAUAGAGGUAGACGGAGAAGCAAAGGUAGCUGAGAGGGAGCGCCUAGGAGAGGAGGAGUAUGAGGUUUACAAUACAGUGAACCAAGAAGAGAGCAGCAACGAUCCAGCGGGAAAAAACCUUCCUCAAGAGGAGAUGGAGGAUGAAGAUGACGGGUUCCAGCUGGUCAUCAACUGGAACGAUGUACAAAAAAGGAUCAAAUACGGUCGUACACAUUUCCCUCCAAUGAACAGCGACGAAGCGGACAGUGUGGAAGACAUAUGGCAACUCCAGCGGCCCGAUCGGUGGCGGUUGUACAACUACUGGGUUCUUCAAUACACCAACCAUUAUCGCCAGGAGGUGUUGAACCUACAGAGAAAGUACGAGACUCUCUCCAAAGAAAGGGAAGAGCUAGUAAUGGAGGAGGAUUUCUCUGUUAUGCAAGGUGCGACAGUGAUAGGCAUGACCACCACGGCAGCGGCCAGGUAUCGGAAGAUCCUCGAACGAGUCAGCCCCAGGAUCAUAGUCGUGGAAGAGGCAGCAGAGGUCUUGGAGGCACACAUCAUCACAACAUUGACGAGAGGAUGCGAACACCUCAUCCUGAUCGGGGACCACCAACAGCUCCGUCCUAAUCCCACUGUGUACAAGCUGGCUAAGGACUUCAAUCUUGACUACUCACUAUUUGAACGCAUGGUCAAGAAUGGUCUUCAUCCUCAUACAUUGUCGACCCAACAUCGCAUGCGCCCGGAGAUCUCAGUCCUCAUGAAGCACAUCUACCACAACCUGUUAGACCACGAGUCCGUCAGAAGCUACGAGAGGAUUCAUGGCAUUGACAAGAACAUCUUCUUCAUCGACCACAACAAAGAUGAGGUCCAUAACGAGGAGCUCCUCAGCCAUGCGAACGACCACGAAGCAGAUUAUAUCGUAGCCCUUUGCCGAUACCUAAUCCAACAGGGGUACGACAAAUCGCGAAUAACCAUCCUCACGACGUACAAGGGACAGCUGUACAAGCUGAGAGGUAAGAUGAAGAAGGAUUUCUUCGAAGGAGUUCGCGUGACAGUCGUGGACAACUUUCAGGGCGAAGAAAACGACAUUGUUCUGCUGUCACUGGUUCGCAGCAACAGGGAAGGCAGCAUCGGGUUCCUGAGCAUCUCCAACCGCGUUUGCGUGGCACUGUCCAGGGCGAGAAUGGGGUUCUACUGCAUUGGAAACAUCAGCAUGCUUGCCAGGAAGACAGAGAUUUGGCGCAACAUCAAGGCAGACAUGGAGGAAAGAGGCUGCAUUGGUUCCCAUCUGAUGUUAAGGUGUCAGAAUCACCCGGAUACGGAAGUUGACGCUCGCUCUUCUAAAGACUUCGCCGCCGCACCAGAGGGAGGCUGCACUAGAGACUGUGACGUAAGACUCAAGUGUGGCCACCGCUGUCGACUCUCCUGCCAUCCCGCAGACCCCGAACACAAAGAGUACAAGUGCUACGAAGACUGCCCAAAGAAGUGCGAGGAAGGCCACGCCUGUCGGAAGAGAUGUUGGGCGGACUGCGGACCAUGCAUGGUCCGGGUGCCGAAGAUCAUUCCAGGCUGCGGUCACGAGCAGAUGGUGCCAUGUGGAAUCGACCCAAAAGACUUCUGCUGCCGUGAGCCUUGCGAGAAGAUCCUACAAUGUGGACACCGCUGUCAAACUAACUGCGGCAGUCAAUGCACCAAGGCGUGUAGAGAACAAGUCACCAAGCAGUGGCCAUGUGGGCAUAACGUGACAACUGACUGUCAUCGACGUCCCAAAAAUGUCCAAUGCCCUGCUUCUUGCCGGAAGCAACUGGAAUGCGGGCAUCAUUGCCAAGGAACAUGUGAAUCCUGCCGACAGGGGCGUCUCCACGCUCCCUGCAAUAAUCCUUGUGGUAGAAUUCUUGUCUGCUCGCACCAGUGUAAAUUCCCAUGUACCAGUGACUGCCCUCCCUGUCAGGUAGCCUGUCAGAACAGGUGUUUCCACAGUAGAUGUAAUCACCGGUGUGGCGAUCCGUGUGCUAUUUGCGUCGAGCCGUGCUUGUGGCGCUGUCAACACUAUCGGUGCACACGCCUAUGCGGUGAACCUUGCAACAGGCCUCCUUGCAACUGGCCCUGCCGAGAAAAACUACGCUGUGGUCAUCGCUGCAUUGGUCUCUGUGGUGAACCUUGCCCCACGAAGUGCAGAGUCUGCAACCGCGAAGAAGUAACGGAGAUCCACUUCGGUUACGAAGACGAGAGAGGAGCUCGUUUCAUCCAACUGGAAGACUGCGGCCACAUCGUAGAGGUCCGAGCCCUGGACAUGCACAUGACUCAGAACAACAUUGCCGACGAGACCGGUACCGUUAGCAUACAACUCAAAGUUUGCCCCAGGUGCAAGACGCCCAUCAGCCGCAAUCUCAGAUACGCCAACUUCAUCAAGGAGGCUCUAGCUGACAUAGAAGUAGUCAAGAGCAGAGUCAGAGGCAACAUUCACGACAUACACCGUCAAGCAACUGUCGUCAAGGCAGGAAUAGCAAGGGCCAGAUUUCUUAGGGAACCUGCAAACAGGGACGUAAGGCAGAAGCUGGAAGACAAGCUUGUAGCUAUGGAUCGCCUGACGUUGGGAGAGGUGGCCGUCAUCCAGACGCAGUUCGAAUUCCUGAAGGUGAUACACGACUACGACAAGAUGCUAAGAGAGAAGAAGGAUUCACUGACGUCCGAUAGUAGAAUAACAUACCGAAGGCAUCUCGACAAGCUUAAGUCCAUAUUGAUGCAUGACAGGUUCAAGUACAAGAUGAGCGACCAGGAGGUCAAUGACCUUCAUCGAGAGUUGAAGAGGGUCCACUUAGAGAUCAACCAGUCCAUCCUGACCAAUGACAUCGACAGACGCGGUGUGACGCUCGGGCAACAAGAAUCAAAGGAGAUACAGGUCUUGCAGGACCUGUUUCGUCGCGGCACCUUCCUCAGCACAGACGAUCUGGACGAAGGAAAAGACAUCCUGGAAGGUGUUCGCCGACGUCACCCCGAGUUGUCGCCUCUGACGAAGGAACAGAAGGCCGAGAUCGUCCAAGCCAUCGGCCUUGGGAAGGGGCACUGGUACAAGUGCCCAAACGGACACUUCUACGCCAUUGGAGAGUGCGGUGGCGCCAACCAAGGCGGCAGGUGUCCGGACUGCGGCCAGGCCAUCGGGGGACAGAACCACGCGCUGGCGGAGGGAAACCAACACGCUCCCGAGAUGGACGGAUCGGCGUACGCUGCCUGGUCUGAUGCCGCUAACCUCAACAAUUUCAACUUAGAUGACCUUCUGUAAAAGGGCUAUCAUCAAGGAAGAGUUUCCAAUUUACG